UCAUUGGGAGGAAGAUGCUUAACAGUUUGUCCAAUCAUGGUAACAUUUUAAAUUUUGAUAAAAUAAAAAAAUAUUUGUAGCGUGGAGAAAUUCAUUCAUUUGGACCAGUUCAACUGCUAGACCUAAUUAUGGCCUGCAGAAAUUUUACUGAUCUUGUUAUCCAUCCAUUUCAGUAUUCUGGUAUUGUGUGGAGGAAAUUUAUAAAUAAUGACUGUCAUAUUAGGCGAAUCAAGGAAUUUUUUUUAUUUUUCAGUUGAUGUGGAAAGAUAUACAAUAUAGCUAAAUUGGUUGACUGCAGCACCAUGAUAACAAAUAGAUUGCUACCUCAACCUUUUUUUUGUUGUUGUUUGGCGCAGACAUUCAUGAUAAAUAAAUAUGUUUCAACUUAAGCGUAAGGUUUCUACACUUAAAAAUUUAAAGGGGUGGAGUCUACUUUUUACAAAUACCACCAAUCACAGGACGCCCACAUAAAGUGGGUAACCCUUGGUAUUAUUGAAUUUAGAAGAAAUGUAUGAGAAUUGCAAAAAGUUCCAUAAGAUUUAUCAUUAUACUAUUCUGCAAUGAAUAUUUACAUGUCAAAUGAGAAUAAACUAACCUACACUUUCAAGGACUUGCAUUGCUCAGGAAAAAAUCGCUAAAAUUUGCCAUUUCCAGCCAUCAACAACAACAGCACUUCAUUUCAGAUAAAGGUUGGUUUAUCCUCAUCUUAUAUGAAAAUAUAAUAUUGAUCACAGAAUAGUACAGUAAUAAUUAUGGAACUUCUUGCUAUUCUCAUACAUUGCUUCUGAAUUCAAUAAUACCAAGGGUCAUGCACUUUGUGUGUGGCCCCUGUGAUAACAAUAGCUUUGAUUAGUAAGGCUAUAACUAGAUCUGAAAACAUCACACUCAAUCAGUAAUUCUGCUGGCUGUAGUCAAUUAACUUUUGUCUCUUAUUUUUUCCUUUUUAAUAUUAUUUUUCAGGCUGUGGAAAUAGCAAGGAACUGGGGAUUACCUUGGUUUAUCCUAGCAAGUAUGUUAAACAAUUGCCAUGUGUACAAUGCUGCUAGGUGUUAUGAAUUCUGCGCUCACUUUCCAGGCUCACAAAAGUCUCCUAAAAUUUAGACUGCUCCAGACAGCAGUACAUUUAGAGUAUCAUAUACUAACACAAGAAUUACAGCUGUUUGUCAAAAAAAAAAAAAAACAGAAUGACACGCAAAUAGCAGGCUAUUGCAACAACACUUUGCGAAGAACUGCAAGCAAGCAACUGCUUCACGAGGUGCCCCUGCUAGAGGCAUCGGGCCACCGCCCGUAUAGCAGGAAAAACUGCAAACCAGCAUUGUUUCGAGGUUAACUUUGCCUAAAUUACAUUUAUCCACAUUAAUAUAAGUAUUGUUAUUGUUAUCAUCAUUAUUAUUCCUUUCAUUUAUAUUAAUUAAUUUAAUUCCUGGCUGGGAAAUAAAUUUGAUCAGCUGGCUGGGAAACCGACCAAUUUUAUCUAGCUGGCUGGGAAAUUUCUUGUGUGUCUUGCUGGGAAAAAGGAACAGAUAAUAUUUUCCCAGCAACACUGAAAAACACGUGAAGAUGCCUUAAUAACAUUUAUUUUCAUUAAUGGGGGUAUAAUAAUACAUUUUACAACAAAUUGGUCGUUGGGUGCCCCUGAACAUACAAGGGUUUACAAAAUGUAAAGACAAUGAAAACUUGUCGCAACGAUACAAUUUAGUCUGUUACUUCCCAUAGGAAUUGAUGCAUUUGUCUAUGUUGACUGCGAUAGCAGGAGAAUUCUCUUUUUUCUGCAACAUGCUGAUCACUGACAAACGUUUAUAUACUCUCAGAAAUUUUGAUAGAGUAAAUAUGUUAACCUCAAGCACGUUAGGUGUGCUAUUACCUACACCUGCACCUUUUUGCUAAAAGAAACAUUUUUGCUCUAAACGUACCAGUCAACAUAAGGCUUUUUUAAUAUUUCCUUGGAUGUUUGGGCAUCUAGACCAGUCUCCGACUCUGCUAAAUUCGGGUAUCAUAUAUAGCUAGCUUAUAACGUGGCGAGGUUUAAAUCAACAUUCUCCGCAGUUUGUCUACAAUUUAUACACAGCAAGACUUAUGAAACGUUUCUGCAUAUUGUGAUCUCAAACAUUACGUUUUUCGAAAGUGGUGCAACUUGAAUCAGAAUGCCACACAUUUAACUGAAGUACAUGAAAGCAAAUUCACCCAGCUGCCAAUUGUCAAGCUUUUUAAAGAUUUCUACACCUAUAAAAUAUUGUCACGUUUCGUUGCACGCUAGUUCGUGCUAGUUUAAUAGAUUUCGACCCUUGAAUAACUGGGUGCAUACGCGCACUUCUCUCUGCAACGUUUUAACAAGUCAGUUCAAGCCUAAAAAUCAGGACAUCCCAUGCAGCAACUGUCUAUGGAACAGAACAACAAAUUGCUUUACGGAGACCUUUCUAUGAGCUUUGACCAGUGGGUUAAAAAACUUCACAAUAAUUAUAUAACGGUUCAAUUCAAGCUUGAGCGAGUACCAAUUUUAUAGCUUGGCUUAGAAAAUAUCUUUAGAUAUUAAAAAGUACACUUUGGUAGCUACAAUGAAAGCUGUUUCAGUUUAUUAAGGACUUCAAAGCAGACGAAAGUGUCAGCGGGUAUAACUUCAUCAGAAAAUUAAACGGACGACCACUACACACAGUGUACACAGGUCUCUCGAAAACUAGAUUUGUCACAAGAAAUAUUUUCAAUCUUAGCUUUUUUUGUUUCGUAAAAUAGACUAGUGAGAAAGCUUCUAGAUCUAGACUGAUACACAUUACUUGGCGUACUUCGUUUCCUAAACCCUCAAGUUCAACUUUAUAACGCAAUGUCUAACCUGUAAACAUGACUUAGUUUUCUUGUCCUUGUAGUGUACGAUUGAAGCAACUUGCACGAGGCCAAUUAAUUGAAUGGCGAAACUUGAAUAUUGCACACUGUUUAUCUCUUGCCAAACAAGAUUAUUGAUUGUAACGUGAAGUUCCAGACGUCCCAAGGUCGUUACAUGUCUUUCAAUCAAAAAGACAUUACAUUGAGAUACCUCGAUCCUUAACCUUUCCAUGGCCACGCGUAAAACCAUGCAGUUUAAAAGUUUGUCCACUGAUUACGGCCGGCGUUGAAGAACAUUUCCAAUCAGGUUUUUUUUUAGCAUUUACUGUUGUUUGAGCAUUUGCCUUUAGAAGUCUGUAUAACAACUGUUGUUUUGCAAGAAGUAGAUUACCUUGCAUUUCAACAGUCAGAAUAGCAAGUGUUUUGCCUUUAUUUCAGUACGUUGCACACACGUUGACAACGCAUUCUUCUACUAGUAGAUGCGAACGUUCACCACUUGAUUGAUAGUUUCGGUUGACGAGAGCCGUGAUUGGUUAACAGCAAAUGUUGAUUUCAUUGAAAUUUAUCACGAGCAAAUUUUCCCGCUCCUUAAUAUUCUAGAGUUUGAGAUAAAAGAACACCAAAGAAAAUCAGUUUUAGUAAAUAAUUGGCAGAUGUAAAUUUAAGGUGAGGGGGGUAGAUAAUAAAAGGGAGAGAAAAAAUGACAGGGGCACCCAAAGUCAAUUUUCAGAAAAUAUUUGUUCGCAAGACGAUUUCAGAUAUAGAAUUUUCGCAACAUUUUUUGUUGUACAAUUUCUUAGUUACCUGCCUCUCCUAGGAUUUUCGAACAUCUAAAAAAAGGUAUCAUUGCCCAUUUUUAACGGAUUUUUACGCUGAAAAGGUCACUUCGAAUUUCAGGAGACUACCUUGUCGCUGAAAUUUUUCAAAAGGUAAGUUUUCAUCCGUAUAAUUUUCGGAUCACUAGACUUUCACCUAGCAAAUCCGAAGAAGGAAAAAUUUUUAGGGGACAAAAAUAUGCCUAUAUCUACCCUUUAAAUACUAAAAUACCUUCAAGAAUGCUAUGUUUAAGUGGUUUUAAACAAUAUUCUCGUUGGGUGCCCCUGAAAUGAAAUGUUCUGGAAGUAACGAGUUUGGUAACGAGACAUCGAUGAGAAGGUAGUUUUAGAGAUAAAAAUUUUUUUUUAACUCUUUAACUGAUAGGGGGUGGAAAAUUUGACACAGAAUGCGAUGCCCUUUAGUCUGCUAGGAGUGCAAUCCCUUGGUAGGACUUACCUCAGAAAGCAUCAAAUCACAUUUGACAUUGCAUGCCAAAUCUUUGAACUUUAAAAUCUCCAGAAAGGACAACAAGUUGGGUUAAACUUAACUUAUAGAAGCAGACAGCAAAUAAUUGUGUGUACUAUCACAACUCUUCAGAUUGUUGCCAAAAAAAAUCCCUACUUAAACGACCCAAAAAAUCCCACAAUCGAAAAUGUUAAAUCCAAAAUAGUAAUUUAUGGUACCUGUGGUCUUCACAGAAUAGGUUACAUUAAAUGUGAUAAUUGCACUCUUUGUAGGGUUAGCGAAUGUCAUCCUAGGGUAACUUAGAUGUGGGUGAUCAACAACAAGAACCUUUACUGGCAGGCCCGUUGAAGUACAUAAAGUAUAUUGCCCCAUCUAAGCGAAUCUACGUUUCGAAGUAUGGAAACUGGAAUACACCUCAAAGAAUUUGGAAUCCCACUAAUGAUUACAACAAUGAAUCCAAGUUUUACUGACAAAUACUGAAUUCAUUAUUACGCAUCUGGAAUCCACAAUCCCACCCCUUUCCUUUCAAGCUGAAAUAUUGUUCUGGAUCUUCCCAACCCCAUAGGCACACAAUGGAAUUGAUCCCCUUGUAUUCCCAACAUAUUUUCCUGGUUUAUCGGGGGGCUACCCCUAGGGUAAGCUGAUGAGAUAUGUAUUAUUGUCCAUGAAAAUAUAUGAACCAGUGGUGGAUCCACAGGACUGGCCCGCCCCCCUUCUUUUUAGACCAAACUGAGGCCAGAAGGGCUGCAAAAGCGUUUUUGGGAGACCACCCACCCCGCCUGAUCUAACGGUCUGGAUGACUGCCCCCCCCCACCUUAUCUCAAGGUCUACAUUUAGCACCCUUUUCCUUUAAACGUAACCUUUUUCGUAGAUGUCUAACAAGCAAUGUAUGUACACCUUUUAACAAUAAGCUCUUCAACUUUAAUUUAGCCAUUUUCAGAUUUUCAUUUAAUUACAGACUGUUAAAUAAAGCACCUUUCUAAAACAUUUACAAAAAAGUAACAAACAGACGAAAAAGUCAUGUUUAAGCAAGGCUGUGCACUAAGGAAAAUGGAAGGAAGCCCAGUAGUCUCAACCUGUAAAAUCAAGGAUGCCGAGAAUAUGAUCUGUAUCAAAAGAGUGCGAUUUCGUCACCACCUGAGACCAAAAGUUAAACCCCAGGGGUGAUUGGGCUCUGCUAGAGCACAGCCCUGUUUAACUUCUUUAUCAACACAGUGCAACUUGUAUUAAUACAGAUAAGAAAAACUGUUUCACAUAUCAACAAACAAAAGUAAACACUCCUAUCUAUAUUUUCUUAAUUAUUUAUUUUUUUACACUUCCAAACAAACCUCAAGAAACAGAAUGAAUCAAGGUACCGGUAUAUGUAUUAUAAUGCAUCACCACAGAAUUUCCAAACAUAUUUGCAUAAAGGUUACAAGGUUUUAUGAAGUUCUCACAACUUUCACUACUUUCACUGUUUGUCAAAAAGAUGUGGAAAGUGAUAAAAGAUAAGGUUACUACAAUACUAUUAAUAUUAUGUAAACUGCCCAAACUAAUUUCUUCAAAAUACUCCAUUUUGUGCUCAUAGUCAAACUAUAACACAAACCCUUAAUGUUCCUUCAUCUUGAUGCCGAAAAAAGGAUAAAUAUUAUUCAUCUCAAUCAGGCUCUUUUAUAAAUAGCAAAGAUCAGCACCACUAGAACAUAACCACUGUACUUUAUUUUUUCCCAUGUGUUAAUCAUUAUUUCAGACCACAUUCACAGAACACUCACGCAACUACGAAGACAGAGAUUUGAACCCAAUGGCAUGUUCAUUUUACUGAAAGGUAAAAUUCUCAUAACAUUCAGAAGGUAGAAUUAAAACUACAUAAUAUUAAACUGUAGCAAUAAUUUACACAAACAGUAACUGUUCAUGAAUAAAACACUGCAUGAAAAAUAAAGUGACACAGACAAAACAAAAGAGCUGGUAAUAGCUGUUGAGUUUACACAGCAACCCCCCAAGCUGCGACAAUUUUAGUAGGCAUGGUGCCUAAAAGUUUGGAGCUGGCGACUUGAUUUGUCAAAAAGUCUCCCCAAGCCAAAAGCGUUGGUUGCAAAAUGGUCGCUGAGCAGAAACUUCAACUUGGAGGGCUACACACGUACAGUAAAACCCAGUAUGGACUCGCACUUAAGCACACAUGAAUGUGUAUAACAUACACCCUUCAGUUGUUCCAGGAUAAUGCCCAUAGAUUUUGUCUAAAUUAAAUUUUCAUACUUCAGAAGAAAACAUGCUCAUUCUAACAACACACUCUUUUCUAUAUCCCAAGCCACAAUGUUUCACAUAUUAUGACCCCUGCUUUACAGACAGUGGUUAACUGCAGACAAUCUAUUUUCAUCUUCACAAUAACAUAAAUCAUAAGAUGUCUAUGUUACCCUCGACUGUUUGAAGCACUUAUUUUGAUGUUGUCCUUCAUUUCCAUUGUAACAAGUUCUCACGCUUUGAAUUUACCUACAUUAUUUUAAUCAUAGUGUUUGUUCCUGCCUAUUUCUUCCCUUUCUCAAAAAAGCAAUGAAACAAACAUCCCAAAUUUUUUAAGGCAGAAAAGUGAACGCAGCUACAUCUUCAAAGAGUAGAGAUUAAUUUUGAUUUGUUUCACGUUCAAAACAAAAAGCCAAGAAACAAACAACUGGAAAACAAAAAAAAGACAAAUUGAAAAAUAUAUUGUAGCUGUCAUACCUUGCAGGAUUAACAUGGGAGUGCUGUUUUGGCACCAAAGCUGCAAGAACAGUGAAUACAAGUUUAUUUGAAAUCCCACCUGCCACAAUUCUUGGGCUAUUCGAAUACUGUGCAACCAGGCUUAUGGGAGUUUCUGAUUUGCUCAGAAAUAAUAAAACACCAAGUAUGUCUACUAUCUCCCAAGGAAAAGUUACCACGUUAAUGCAGAAAUCAAAUGAAAUUGAGCAACGUAUAAACAAGCUCCACUCCUUAAUAAGAUUUGUGUUUGAAAAAAUUCUAGAAAGGCAUUUUUUGAUGCCAAGUACAUGUCAAUGUUCAAGACACAUCUUCUGUUAUCCUUCAUUAAAAAACAAUUGAAACUAGCUAAUCUUGUUUUAAAACAGAGAAUUGCCUAUUUAACAAAAGCACAUCAGACGACAUCUUUGUCAUGCACUGCAAAGUGCCUGAUCAAUCCCACCUCAACAUCAAAAGAGAGCUUGACAAUACUCAUAGCUUAGAAAAUUUAAACGGGUACAGUAUGCUAUACACAAUAAGAAGAAUUAUUCUUCCUUUACACUGAGCAAACAUUAUAUUUGCAAAUUGAGACUUUAUUAAUGAGGCUGAUCAAUAUGUUUCCUGUCCAUUCUAGCACUGAUUUCUUCUGGUUUUCGUCAUGACGCAGAAUUUGACCUCUCAAGAAAUUUAGAGAUUCUUUGACCUCUUUUGAACGAGAAAAAUUUUUUUGGCACCUAAAUCGCCGUUGAAUAAAAGUUUUAGUUUCUAAUGUUUAAAGUAACUACAGAAUACCCUGCCUGUAUCUUAAAUAACUUCCAAGAUGUAAUUCUUUUUAUCCAUGAGUUAAUUGUUACACUUGACCUGCCUCGUUUCCAGAUCAGUUUCCUAUUAUACCACCCUUCUUGAUUGGGUAAUCAAAUCGUUCCAACAAAGGUGACAAAAUUAAGGAGCAUUCAAAACUCAUAAGAAAUAUGGCAGGCAGGACUUUCCCUUGUGGCUUUGCCACUUUUUUCACAACACAACUCACCUCCCAAAAAUGUACUACAGAAACAAUAAUCCCAUUACCUACCUAUGGUAAAUAAUUAAAGUUAACAGAACCCAUUUUUAUAGUAGAUGUCUUUCAUGUCUAUCUGUUAAUAACAAUUCGUUAUCAUAUUAUCUAUAGAAAACGUUUAAGUCCUGUUAGACAAUUUUCACAGUAUAAAAUGAGCCUUAAACACAACUUUUUUAAUAAUUCUUUUUCACAGACAUAGGGGUACAAACUAGUGAAACUACACCAACAACAACAGGUAAAGCAAUUUAUCAGUACUCCUUAAACUACUGAUAUUACUGUUCUCCAAACAAGUAUAUACCAACUUUGUCAACAAAUUGUAGAUCAAACUGAAAUACUGAGCUAAAAAUAUGACUGUAAGUCAUUAAUAAUAAUUUACUUUGUAAUUUUCCAACAGAUUCCCGUGUCUCACAGUCUAGGCGAGUACCCCUUGGUAAAUAUGAAUUUAGUACAAUUUGAUACACAAAAUAACAAUAUGCACAGUCACAUAUAUUGCCUUCUUACAACGUCUGUUGCUUUCCUACACUACCUAAAAUAAUGAACAAUCUGAUAAUAAAAAUAUUUCCUACUUUUUACUUAAACCAUUUUGAAAGAUUAAUUUAAUAUUAUCCUGAAGACAAGAAGAAAAUAACUGCUCUCAACUAACACUCCAGUUUGAAUAGACGGAAAGGGAAGAGAUCCAGAUUGUUUUCUUCUAUAAAGUUAUUCUAUUUGAGUACAAUGACUCAACUUUGUUACAAAAUGUAGGUGUUAUUUCUUCAGUAGUCUUUCUUCAGACAUGAAAGUGCUCAGAAAAAACACGUGAGAACAAAUGCUUCACACUCUUGAAAACUCUUUCCUUUUACACUCAUCGUCAUCAAUCAGAAUUUCUAUUUCUCAAUCUACAUGAAAGAAACAAGAGUAUCAAUAGUGAAGAUAAUUCUGAUAUACAGAAGAAUAAUUUAUACUUACCCCUAAGAAUGUUGUCCAACAUCACAUGUUCAACGUUGCCUUACAAAAUAAAAAAGAAACACAUAAAUAAGCUUCCAUAAAUUUGUCCUGUUAUUGAUCAAAUGCAUUUUCCACUUAUAGCCCUGAGGUGCUUAAUUGGUAGUGAAGGCUAUGAAAAAGCAUCUUGUGAGUAAACAUUUUCCAUACUUUUAAUCACAUUGAGUCUUAUUUUACUCUCUCAAAUUGUACAUAUCAGUUACAUUCGUUUGUGAAAUCACAUACCGUAAAUCCUCUAUUAAGGCCCUUUUGGGGGCCUUAUUUAUUUCAAGCCCACUUGAUGAGAGGGGCGCUUAUUUGAGAGGGGGGCUUAUUUCAUUUCAAAAAGGCAAUCACAUCACUUCUCCGUGCAAUGCAAUGCAAGAAUCACAAUUAAAUCCAAACUUGCAAUUCCUAAACAAACCAUGACACAUCAGUCCACACGAUGUUUUACAGUAGUGACUUAUUAAUACAGUCUAUCAUUUAUUUGCCAUGAAUAUUUAACACAGCUAAAGAGGGGACUGAUAUAAUACAGUGGCCACCUUAUCAACUUUCUCUUCCUGAAAGGGAAGGAGUGCCUUGUUAAAGGGAGCGGGUUUAAUACACAAUGUAUGGUAUUUCCUAUUCACUAUAUCUUCCAACCUUCAUUACUCAAACAAAAAUUAUGCCUUUUUACCACACUUGUGGCAAAAGAUCAUUGGAAAUUCUAAGGAGGAGGGGAGUUUGAAACCAGUAAUCCCGGGGGGGGCACUUUAGGAAUUUCUGGGUGGGGAUGUGCCGCUGGGACCCUGGAACCCUUAACCUAAACCAGAGCUAGUUCAGCUGAAUUUUGCUACCCUAUACUAGAGUAAACUCCCCAAAUCCCCCUAUCCUAGAGUAGCUGUUUCCCCAGUCUAGAUAAAAUCUUCAACCAACUGAUCAGUUUCCUGAAAAAUCGUACCCUAUUCUAGACCCAAACGCUCUGAUUUAUAUACCCUAUCCUAGAGUAAACUGCUUGAAAACCAUACCCUUCAGAGCGGCACAUACCUAUAUAGCAUAUAUAUGGCAGUACCCCCGGCCAGUAAUUUCCAACCAAUUGGGCAGUGCGUGGAAAACUACUUUCCCAAAAUUAAUGGUGCCAAUUCUUUGCAAUUUUUAUUAUUGUUUUACAUGACACCCUGAAACUUCCAAAUUACACUACUUAUCAAGAAACUCUUGUACCUGUUCCUGCUCACAUCUUUUCCACUUGUCUUCCUUUUCACCUUCAUUACAGGUAGCAUUUGUCCUUCUCAUAGAAUCAUUGCUAAGCCAAUCAAGACUCUACAAUUGAAUUAUCCAAUCAUUUAGUUGUUAAUGAAUAAUAUUAUUUCAUACCAUUUACAGAUAAAGGAAAUUUCUAUCCACUUAAACUUUCUUGUUUAUAUGCAUUUGCAUAUCACCACUCACAAAAAAUGUCACUUUUCACUGUUGCUAACCCAAUAAUCAAGUAUUUUCUAUUUUUACUUCUAUACAGAUAACAAGCUGAAGCGCUGCAAAAGGUGCACACACAAGGUAAUACUAAAUAAAUAUCUUCCUUAUCCACCACUCAAUUGAAAUCACAGUCUCCCCAAUCCCCAGGACAUAGCGGAGGGUUUUGAAGUUAAUUUUUUCGUACACUUGCAGCUUUUGCUAGUAAUAUUUUUUUUCACUAGAAAACUGAUCAGACCACUAGCAAAUUGUUUCCCUUUGUUUGAAACACAAGGAUGAUUCUAAUAGACAAAUGUUUCCUACUAGAUAUUUUUGUCACUCACAGAUUGUCUAAAUGAAAGCAUCUGUCUCACAAAAUUCAGCCAAAUUAGCACAUUACAAAAUGCCCAUUACAUUAACAGAAACAUAAAAAUAACUGCUUAAAAGGAAGGUUAAAAUAACAUAACAGAAACAACAGAUGCCACAGAUGGACAAAACUAAACAAGAUUGAAACGGAUUGAAAUUCGGGUUUUCGAAAACUGUUCAGCCUAACAGCUUCUCAAACUUUGCCCCUGCAUGCUUCUUGCAAAUUCAAAAAUAAUGCUCAGGAGAGAUAUUCAUUUGUUUGUCUCACAGCUCUGAUUUUAUGUAUCACACAACAAAUUUCCAUACAGGGAGGCUCGGCCCCUACCUCCAAGCCCGUACAGAUACAAUUUUUACACAAAAAUGGUACCCCUUUCACAUACCUUGCUUGGAACUUUGCACCCCUUUUACCUGCUGUAAAUGCACUGUCCUUUCAAUAGGAAUCCAUGACAAAAAUAGGACGCUUUCGCAACUUUAUAAAACCAUGAAAUUCAUCGGUUCCACCUAUGACACAUUUCCCUACGCUUUCACAAACUUCACAAGUCAAAUUCGUAACCUUUCAUAUACCUGAAGCCUGAAAAAGCUACCCUUUUGGAGCGGAGCGUCCCCGUCUAAAUCAUUGUAGCGAGUACCCUCGUGCAACGAUGGUCACAAACUUUACUUUCUCUAUUUUCAGUACACUAUCUACUAAAUAAGGUCUAAACUUACCACUAUAACGACAUUUGCACAGCGAAAAACUCAUUUCUCCAAAGCAAAAUAGGUACUCUAUCCACGUGAAGGAAAAUUUUUCUCCUAAGAUCGGAACCAUAUACCAAAGUUCGGCUUCACGUCAAACCUCAUGCGCACUUCAUACGCAUGCGUCAUCUCGUUCUUACGUCACGUCAAUCAUUUCACUUUUAGGCUUGACGUGAAGUACUUCCCCGGAAAAGGGACCCCUUUCGGGCGGAUCCCCCCCCCCCCGCCCCCGAAUCCUCACUGAUCGAUCUUUAUAUUUUCUCUAUUUUCAGUACAUUAUCUACUAAAUAAUCUCCAAACUUACCAAUAUUACGAAAUUCAAACAGCCAAAAACUCAUUUGUCCAAAACAAAAUAGAUACUCUAUCCACAUGAAGCAAAAUUUUCAUCGUAUUAAAGAUCAGACGCAUGAACCAAAGUACGUUCCCGCAAAACCUCAUGCACACUUUACACGCAUGCGCCAUCUAGUUCUUACGUCAUCUAAACCAUUUGACUUUUUAGCGGGGUGGGGGAGAAAGAAUGUUUGGUUUCGGUACGAAUUUUUUUUCCACACCUCUCUUUGAUGGUGGAAAAUAAGUGAAAUAGUGAUUACACCACAGAACCCAGAUAUAUAAAGGGUGGACAACUGUAUGCUACAACCUUUCCUCUCAACAAACUAGCUCGCCAUCCAAAGAACGCUAAGGGAAAAUAGCAGCAUCCCAACGUAACAUCUCGUGCAUGGAAUUGUCCAGACAUAACUAAUAAUCGAUGACAUCAACGAUUUCAAUGAAAUCAAUGAGUAAUCAAUAAGUAGUCGAUAGGUAAUCAGUUGAUUAGUCAUUGAUUAUUACCGAUGAUCAAUGAGUAGUCGAUGACUAAUCGAUAGGCCACAAAAGUUUUGGUCAUCGAUUAGUCAUUGAUUGCAUUGUUUAGUCAUUUAUUUCAUCCAUUACUCAUCGAUAACAUCUCGUGGCUGCAAACGUGUUUGGCGAAGAAAAACAAAAUUAAAAAAACUUAAAUGUAAACAGAUGUUUCCAUGUUUAUUCUUUUCAGCUUAAGUAGUACAUGGAAAUUAAGGUUCAGAAGGUUCUCCAGUAUCUCUUUGCCGUUUGUUGUUGAACCAUACCUUGACGGUUGCCCCGUCAAGGUUGUUCAGUUGGGCAAAUUCUUCAAUAACUCCGUGCGAUGGAUACUUGCUGUCUUUGUACAUGGCCUCAAGGUCCUGGACUCUUUUCAGUUCGUCCAAAAAAUUCCAGUAACUCACCAUCUUCUGAAGGCAUUCUUUUACUCGAUGACAAAAUUCUUUCAGAAAUCGAUGGCCACCGGCACAGGCUGGAGGUGCAGGGGCACCCAACGUAAAUUUUCGGAAAAUAUCUGUUCAGAAGACGAUUUGAGAUUCAGAUCUCUUAGAUCUUUUUCGGAACAUUUGUUGUAAACAUUUGUUAUGAAGCCCAAGAGAAAGAAAAGAAUGAAAAAACAGAACGUAUGAAACAGUGACCUGCCGAAAAUAUGACAAUAGCGGUUCUAAAACAACUCUUAAAAGAUGAAGGAAUCGCGUUUAGCUCAAAGGCCAAAAAAUCGGAACUUGUACAAAUAUUCAAUACUCAAGCUGGUUAUGUAACUGCUUAUGACGGAUGUUUCCCUAAGCUGAAGCAGUUUUACUUUGCUGACAAACACCCACAAAAACUGAAAAAUCGACGUAGUGAAUUUUUGUCAGCGUACUUGUUAGUUUCAUUUUCAGACUGGUUGGUUACUGUUGUUUUGUUAUUAAUUAAAGAGUUGGGUAAAGUGAAAUAUUGCACAAUUGAGAAUCAUCUGUAUUUGUGAUUAGCACUUUGCGUCUCGACAUCGUCAACAGGAUCUUCAGAUACAAGGAAAAAUGCGUCUAACACAGAUAAAACAAUGACAAACGAAAAAAAAUGGUACAAGAAAGCAAGAAAAGUGUCUUUCGUGCGCAGUAUAAUAAUCGAUGAGUAAUCGAUGGGUCAUCGAUGAGUAAUCAAUUACAUCGAUGAGUAAUCGAUGGGCCACAAAAUUCUUGGGCUUCGAUUACUCAUCGAUCAUCGCCAAUAAUCAAUGACUAAUCAACUGAUUACUUAUCGAUUACUCAUUGAUUACCAAUCGAUGUCAUUGAUCAUCGAUUAGUUAUGUCUGGAAUUGUAUGGCUUCGCCAAAACUGUAUCCUAGUGCCUGGUGUAGUUCCUAGUGUUCCGUGUCGCCCGGUUUCUCCUCAAAUAUUCUCGUAUUUUUGUGAACACAUUUUCAAAACUUCCGCUAGUAUAACAUCAGAAGCAUAUAAUUCUGGUACAUUAUUUUCUAUAUGUAUGUGGUAAUGUCUGCGUUUAUGACGCACUACCCCGCCAUGCUAACAUGAACUCGUCCAUUUUUCUCCUCAGCGCUGACCUCCGCCCAGGAUACUGAAGCCAGGAUACCUUUCGUUUCGUUGCGUUAAAUAAAUCAAUA